AUGUUUAUGACUAAAAAAACAUGCGAGCAACACCUGAUCCAGAAGCUGCUGUACUGCACAGGAGAAAUGGACCGCUUUCACAAGUACAUGCAGGAUCAGGCUUUCCUCAUGCAGCUGCUGGAGUGGUUAUUGCGGGGAGUCUCUGGUGUGAUCAUGCUAAAUAACCCUUUGAGUGGAGCUCUGAUUCUUACUGCUCUGUCAAUUGCCAGUCCUUGGCAGGCCCUGCUGGGAGGUGUAGGACUCCUCUCCUCCACAGUCAUGGCAAUCCUCAUUGGAGAGGAACGAGCAGCUGUUUCCAGUGGUGAACAUGGUUAUAAUGGGAUGCUGGUGGCCUUAUUGAUCAGUGUGUCCAGCAGUGCAGGAGACUGGUACUGGUGGCUACUGCUGCCUGCAAGUCUCGCUGGAGCCACAACUACAUUAGUACACAGUGGCUUGACUGCUGUGUUAGACAGAUGGAAUUUACCUGUAAGUGUGUUCCCCUUCAACACUGUCCUGCUGCUGUAUUUGGCCUGCACCGGUAUUGAGAACCCCUACUACCCCAACCAUCCAGUCCUACCUCAGGUGGCAACACAGAGCAUCAACAGCACGAACCUCAACAUACCCCAGCUCAUGCAGGGUGCACUGUUGGGAGUGGGGCAGGUCUAUGCUUGUGAUGCUCUUGGGUCAUCCAUAGUCAUUCUUGUAGCUGUUCUGCUAUACUCUCCAGUCCUGGCCUUUCAUGCACUGCUGGGAUCAAGUCUCGGGGUGCUAGCAGGUCUUUCAGUUGCAGUGCAGCACGAUGCUUUAUAUACAGGGCUGGCCAGUUUUAAUGGCACUCUUGGCUGCAUGGCUUUUGGAGGGCUUUUAUUCACAUUAAGCUGGAGAACUCAUAUCUUCGCCAUUAUUUGUGCCUUCCUCUCUUCCUAUGCACACUUCGCCUUGAGCAAUCUGCUGGCAAAUGUGGGUCUCCCUGCCAGCAGUUGGGCCUCCACACUAACUAUCAGUCUUUUGUUGUUAGUGAGUGAGCCUUUGACAUGCCACAGUGCCGUUCGCCAAGACAGCUCACCUGGAAGCCCCGUACACACACCCAGUCAAUGUGCUGAGGAUAACACAGACAGUAGUUCUGUGUAA